AUGCUCGCCGACUACUUUUUCAUCGGGGCCAGCCUUGCUCUCUCUGUGGCUGCAUUCCCCGGAGUGCUGAACAACACGGCGCCGACUUGGAUUGGCCCCAUCUAUGUCCCUGCGACCAAUACUUCAUCGCAGCUGUUCUUAGAUGCCAGUGCUGCCGCAUAUGCUGCUGUCACCGACGCCAUCAACACCGGAGUUUCCCAAUAUGGAUCCGUCGACAACCAGACCACGUCCUUCUCGGUCGCAGUAUUUUCGGCCGUCACCAAUGAGACUCUGUUUGAGUAUCAUUUUGCUGCCCCAGGACUCAAUGGUUCGUUGACCAAGGGAAAUCUCUCCGAGAAUACCAUCUACCGAACCGGAAGUUUGGGCAAGUUGUUUGUCACGUAUGCCUUUCUCGUCGACAUUGGUGACGGCGUAUUCCUGGAUCCGGUGACAAAAUACCUGCCUGAGCUUAAGGAAGCGGCUCGCACUCUGCCACAUGAUCCAAUCCGAUAUGUCAACUGGGAAGAAGUCACUGUGGGCUCUCUCGCGUCACAACUUUCCGGAAUCGGACGAGACUAUCUCUUGGGAGACUUCGCUACCAGUGGAUUUCAAGCCCCCACACUCGAGGAGUUUGAGGCAGAUGGCUAUCCCUACAUACCCGACUCCGAGCAACCCAAUUGUACCUUCUACGGCGAUAACUACCCAACUUGUACCCGGGCACAAUUGUUCAAGGGACUUGUUCAGCAUCCGCCGGUCUUCCAGUCAUAUGAGAAACCCAUGUAUUCCAAUUUGAAUUUCGUUCUCCUCGGUCUGAUCUACGAGAAUAUCACCGGGGUCUCGCUAGAACAAGCAUGGCAAAAAAUUUACCAUGAGAAGUUGAACAUGACCUCGAGCACAUACAAGUAUCCUGGGCCAGCUGCAGAUGCCAUCAUCCCCUACAAUGAAUCGUUUGCAUUGUUUUCAUACGACAUGGGACUUGAUACCCCGGCUGGGGGUCAAUAUACCAGUACCAAAGACUUGGUAGUUUGGGGCCGAGCCAUAUUACAAAGCUCUCUGCUGCCCAAAGUUCUCACCAGACGGUGGUUCACGCACGCCGCAUCAACAUCUGUUUGGACCAGCAAUGUCGGCAUCCCAUUCGAAAUUUAUCGUCUACCAGUCAUCGCAGACACGAACUACAACUUGACCCGCAUAGUCGACAUAUACUCCAAAUCCGGGGACGUUGGUCAGUACUCGACCAAUUUUGGCCUGAUCCCCGACCACAACUUGGGAUACUCGGUUCUCUCGGCCGGCGUGACUCCCAACACCCAAGUCAGCGCUAUCAGAGAUACAGUGGUCGACAUAUUCGUCAAUGCUGCCGAAGCCGCUGCAAAGGCCCAAGCCAAACAAGCAUUCACAGGCACAUUCGCGGCCUCGGACCGCAAUUCCUCCUUGACGCUGACGGUGGAUGGAGGACCAGGCGUCCUGAUUACCGGAUGGGUCAGCAACGGCACCGACUUCUUCCUGAACAACAUCAUCAUCCCUACCAAUGAUCUCCGAAUCUAUCCCACGGGUCUCGAGCGGACGGACGGCGCCAACACUUACCGUGCCUAUCGUCUCUUGUUUGCCUCUUCCCCGGUCCCGGACAACGUGGGCCUCUUCUCCGAGGCCAACGAUUAUUGGCUCAGCAUCGACAGUGGCAUCUACAACAAUCAGCCCUUCGAUGCCUUCGUGGUCGGCUUCGAUGUCGCUGGGCUGGUGCAAAGCAUCUACUUGGAUGCUUUCGUGGUCAACCUCACCCGUUCGGACGCGGCGUGA